AUAUUAAAAAACCGUUGUGUAUUUCGCACUUCGGAGGGAUCUCGCGCCCCUCUGCUGUCCGCCAGAGACGAUGGUUAAGAAGAUGACUGGGAGUCGUUUUUCGGAGGAGAAGUUCUAUAAGUCGCAGUGCCACAAGUCCGCGAGCCCCCUGGUCCUGAGCCGCAGAAUAUCGCAUUCUGCGGGCGCGGAUGCGUGCACCGUCAUGGCUUGCAUGUCAGCGAUCAAGGCGACCAUCAUCGCCGAGCUGGACGAGAACGGCUCCGUCGUCCUUCCAGGCAUCGGGCUCUUCGAGAAGAAGGUGCAGCACGCGACAUUAGGGGGGGUGCGCAACGUCUUUGGUAAAUGGGUAGCAGUGUCGCCGAAACCUUUGGAAGUACAUAUUCGGUUCAAGCCGUUCAGCGAGUUGGAGGACGUGCUGAAGGACAAGCUCGCUCACAAGUUUCCUCGAGGGAGUCCAGCUCCAGCAGAUCCACCAGGAAUCCGCGCUCGUGACAUCGGUACAGAUACACAUGCAACGGGAUCCGACUCAUCCAGCCUCUCCAAGGACGGCGGCGACAUCGACCCGACCACCACCUUGAGGGGCGAGGUAAAUGACGCAUCGAUCCCGCCGACGGCGUUCUACCCCGAGGACAUGGCAGCCGCGGGCCUCCCCAACGGAGAGUUGCCCGAGCACCCGGCCAGCGCCGCACGAGGCCCUCGACGCCUCCUCCGAGGCAGCCUCGUCAGUGAGAGGCAGUAGUCUAAGCCAGUUUCGCUCUCCAUAUCAACCUGUGUGCGAGGCAGUCGAGCCAGCGCGCUCUCCACGUCAGCCGGCGCGCUCGGCAGGUAGCCAGCGCGUGCAUUCAUAUUUGCGCGGAGGUGCUCGCCAUCAGAGUUGUGCGGAGGCCGCCUCUCGAAGUAAACGUUGUGCCGAGGCAGGCCUGUCGAAGUGGACGUUGCGCGCUCCUCCUCGUGCCCAGUCUCGCCCCAUGCAUCGCCCGUCCACCGUCUAAGCACGAGGUUUCAGGUCAAGUCCCAGGGGAAACCUCACCAUCCUGUCUGGGACGGCAAAGCUUUCCGCUGCCGUAUUUGUCUCCGCAGAUGUCCCAGGCAGAGUACGUUUGCAUGUGAAGCCCUAGCCCCGACCCUAGCAGAGCUACUGCGCACGGGUGGAGGGAGUGGGCACCAACUUCACUCAGCUCGAAUUCAAGGAAGCGAGCUGCCUGUCAUUUUCUGCGUUCUCUGUGGAAGGUUUGCUACACAGCAAACUAACGGCCUGCUGGAGAAUUGCCCCCGCCCAAAGAAGUCAGGGGAAAGGAACAAGCUCUUCAGAGGCCUCUUGUCAGGCACUCCCCUGUUGUUGGGCCCUGCUUUCCCUCUCUCGUUCCUUUGGUCCUCUCCUGGCCCCCCUUCUUCCCCUGGGCCUCAACCUCAGGAGAGCAGCCGCCAGCCUCCACGGGAGGCCAGAGAGAUGGAUGCGAGUGCUGCUGCCCCUGCAGAAAGCCAGGAGCAGCCACUUCUCCUGCCCACUCAAGAUGUGCAGGCCCCUCCAGAGGAGGAAAACUUAGCCCUCCCGCGGCCUGCUGCCCGUGCAAGCUCUGCUGAGCCGUCGGGCCCCGUUUAGCUUUCUGGUCCUUGCGGGGCCCGCGUCCGCCUUUGCCGAGGUUCCUCCUCUCUGCGGCCCGUGGCCAGCCCAGGCCAGGUCAGGUAGCGGCAGCCCGUGAC